AUGGGGUGGUCGCCGGAGCAGAGGGGGCCGGCCAGGCUAGGGCGUGGGACGGCCGGGGCGGCGUCCACGCAGGGCGGGCCGGGGUCAAGGAGGCCGAGGCGGGCCGGCGGUGUGGUGCCGGUGCGGCGCGGCGUGGCUAGGGUGGCGGUGCAGCAGAUCUUGGGUGGCGGCGCGAUGGAGUUUGGGUGGAGGGGGAAGGGCAGAGCAAGGUGGGGCAGUUGCGCGGGUCGGGAAAGGGCGGCGACGGUGCCGCGGUUGGGAGUCGUGGGGCGGCGGCGGCUAGAGCGAGGGAGGGGCGGGGGCGGCGGGUCGGGAUUGGGCGGCGACGGCGGCGCGGUUGGGGGUCGUGGUGCGGCGGUGAGGUCGGGACAGAGUGAGGUGAGGGCGGAAUGA